AUGCCUUUAAAUUUGAAACACCGACUAUUUGGCGAGAAUCACGAAAUCAUCUCGAAGACUGUUAUUUUAAUGCUGAUUUUGAAGGAACAACAAUCAUCACACACAGCGGAACCUGAAGCUGAUUUACCCGAGAACGAUAUGCCCGAAAACGAUUUAACAGAAAAUGGUUUGCACAAAAUUUUAAAUAAACGAGAUAUUCUUGUUACGCCAGAGAAAAGGACCCCUUCAAGAUGGCGCAUAUCAAAUCCUGAAAGGCAUGCAAGAAACAAAAGAAAAAUUAAGCGAAAUUUUGGCCAUGAAUAUGUAGGCGCAAGAAUAUCAGAUAACCUUACACUGCGCGAUUUAAAACCUAAGUAUAAUGGUCCAGUUCCACUUAAUCCAAAAAAGAUAGCCAACCUGUCAGAGCUCUUAAAAUACAUACCACCUAUUUAUCAUGAUUACUAUAGAGAAAUUGGUAUUACUGAAGCUGAUGGUGCUGUAGCUGAAGCUAAUGUAAAUAUCACCGCGGUCAUAGGUGACGAGACUGAGCAUUUCGACGACUUUAGCGACAUAGACACGGAUUAA